UUUGUCUCAUCUUACCAGAAAGAAAGAAACCGCCGAAGUAGCUACCAUGUCUGAACUCAACGUCAAUAAAUUCUACCGCAUCUGGUUCACUUGGGUUGACCCAUUGACCGUCCUCCCUACCGUCUACGCUCUCAUCGUCACCCCCGAAUUCAUUCUCGAUGGCCUCAUUCCACUGAGCAUGUCUGCGUACAAUCCAGACCAGGCCUUCUUAUUCCACCAGCUCGCUGCACUAUACGCGUUUGUCGCCAUCAUGCUGGCAGUCCUUCUCAGAGUUAGCUCCGAUAUCAAAGUAUGGAGAGUCGUCAUUGGCGGCGUGCUUCUCAUAGACAUUGCGAUCUUGUUGAGUGUCUUUGUCAGCAUGAAGCAACAGGGACGUUCUGAGUUUUCUAUGUUCAGAUGGCAAGACUGGGGGAACUAUCUGUUCACUGGAUCGGUUGCUGUUGUAAGGGCUUUGUUCUUGGCUGGGGUUGGAGUUGGUGGUGUAAACAAGGGAAAGACGGCUUGAAUGCUGACGAUGAGAUGGGUUUCUUAUUGCAUUGCUGGUUUGAGUCAUGGCAUUGGAUGUCUUGAUAUUUUGGACGAAUGUCAGAUUGUUGUUUGGAUGAUCAAGAGUAGGGUUCUGCGAACAAACAGCAGCAUACAACCAGGGACCUAGGCGUCAUAUUCUUGGGUGCAUCCAUAGAAUGGGUGAGAGCUUCUUCGACCUUUUCCUUCAUGUUCUGAAUUCG